AUGUCGUUUCUCGGACGGGGACCUGGAGGACCUUCUAAUGGCGUCAACCCAGAACGCAUAGAAAUGGCCAUUACCGAGUUGGACACGGUCACAGAUUUUUUCAACCGCAUGGUCUCGUUCGUGUUUCUCGUCUGCGUCUGCAUUAGCACGCGGUAUGCCGAUCAAGACCUCAACAAGGGUGAAAGCGUAUGCAUAGACAGAUGCGUCGCCAAAUUUAACGAAGUGCAGAAGAAAGUCGGUGAAAAGCUCCAGAGUCGGGGUGCAGCGGCGUCGGGAGGAGGAGCGGGUUCGUUCACUGGUCUGUAA